CUGGAAUAAUAUGGUACACUACUUAUAGCUUUCUUCUUUAUACGUGUGGUGACGAACUCCAACGUCUGUGUAACGUUAGACAAAAGUGGAAACGUCAAAUUUGUCUUACGAGGGAAGUACUUUAUGUAAAUGCUGGUUCGUAUAUUUCUCGUCCACUCCUUUGUUAACCGCAACAUUAGUCACAUCUAACGGGCAAAGAAGGAAAGUACUCAUUUUUUGUCGAAUUCUGAGCUUCGAAAAAAUUUAAAGAAGUACGUGUUCAUUAUGCCGAGUGUCAUAACUCCAUAUACAAAACAAUCAUAUGCUCAUUGUCAUCACUGAAGCCAUAAUUUGUUUACAGUUCCGUAAAAAAGCUUUCAGAAUUGGUAUGUCAAUAACAGAAGUUCAAGGAUUUGCCCAAGCCCUCAAUGCACAUGGACUUAAGCGAAUCAUUUGGAUGUGUUUGGGAUUUUUGGGGGUGACUCUGACCAUUUAUCACUCCUAUUCAAUCACUCAUUCUUACCUUCGGAAUCCUUUUGUCACCAAGUUUUCCAGAGUGACUCAAAAUGGUUUAAUAUUUCCAUUUGUGGCGUUGUCUACCACUAGAAUCGUGAAUUGUGACAUGUUGGAAAAGCAACUUGACACUGGUUUUAGGUUGCUAUCCACAGAUUUCAAUGAACAUCGUUGCUGGCUGCUUUUUUAUUCGGCUUGCAAAAGAAAUCGCAUUGACUUGAUCCAAAGAUGUAACGAAACCGUUGGUCAGGGUGGUCAAAUAAUGGAUCUAAAAGUGAUGAGUGAAUCCAGUUACGCUAACGCGGCAUUGAAUGUUAUGAACAGGUCUGUGAAAGAAAGCAUCCUCACCCAUCCAAUUGACUAUGUGGUUGAAAGCAAAUGGGAAGGAACGGUAAUGCCUUUGACGGAGGAUUUGUGUGCAACAAAUUUUUCAUUUUGCGCCUUAUUAUAUCAUGGUUCUUUGCAAUAUUUUGUCAAUUAUGAUGAAAUGCUAAAGAGUGUAAAAAUGGGGAAGGGUAGUGGUUUGGAGAUGAUCCUUAGAGUCCCUCAAAAGAAUCCGGUUUCUUUUGGAAUUCGAAACGAUAUGGAGGGAUUCGUGCUUGAUUUUGUACCUCCUCGGUACAUCUCGGGAGCCAAGCGCAUCUUCAUCAAGCCUGGGACUUCUGUUUCCAUCGGGCUGAAUCAAGUUCAGCACAAGAAAUUGCCAUCUCCGUUUGAAAGCAGCUGUAUUCAUUAUUGGAACGAAACCAACUUUGGAAACAUGACCCAGAUCAGUAUGGACAAGAUAAAACAACGUGCGAUCCGAUAUCACCCAGAAUCAUGUCGAGCCCUCUGUCGUAUGAAGGCUGUCGUUGACAAAUGUGGUUGUGUCUGGAACAGCAUUGACCCUGCUCAUUUCUCUGAUCUAUUCAAGGAGCCCAAAUGCAUGGAAUAUUUACCCUCAGAGUUGGAUUGUAUGAACAAUAAUGAUUUGACCAUUCAUGAGAGCAAAGAUUUUUGCAACUGUCAUGAUGCUUGUGAGUUGGUUUCCUACGAUGUGACCCUUUCAUCCUCGGAUUGGCACUACAUGGAACGUUGGGAGAAUGUGGCAGAGGAAUUUGGCAUAUUAUCGAAAAAUGAUACCACACCAACCAAUAAAAUGGACCAAUUAAUGAUGGAGAAAAACACACUUGAGCAGUUUGCAAAAGUCAGUAUUUUCUUUGUGUCUAAUCAGAGAACUGUUAUCGAGCAAAGCGCCAAAUUCGAAUCUUUCUGGGCCUUUUUCAUCACAUGUGGUGGAGCUAUGUCGAUUUACUUGGGAAUCUCAAUCCUAACGUUAAUUAGUCGGAUUCUGUCUCUCUGUGAGAAAAUUAUUCGAAUAAAUUAGACAGUAAAAGCCCUGUUUUUAAUUGAAGUAUUGUAAAUAAUAAAAUGCUGAA